GUCCAGUUGUUGUUGUUGUCGGUUAAUCACUGAAGUACAUCUAACGGCAGGAAGUUAGUUCGUGUUCGAUUUACUUUCACUUUCGUUUCCUUUAUAGCGUCAGAACGAUGAACAGCUGUGGCCUUGUGUCUGAAGGAAAAAUACCAGUGCCUCUGAAGAGCAUCACAGUGGAUGCGUGGAUUCAGGGGCAUGUUGUCACAGUCACGUCCACUCUGCAGUAUGUGAAUGAGGAAGAGCGCCACCUGGAGGCCUUGUUCGUCUUCCCUCUGCCAGCUGAUGCUGCUGUCUGCCACUUCAGUGCCAAGAUCGGAGAGCAGGAGAUUGUGGCAGAGGUGCAAGAGAGGCAGAGUGCGAGGGAUCAGUAUGAUGAUGCUGUGAGUUCGGGUCAGCAGGCGUUUCUGUUGGAAGAGAGUGCAGAGAGUUCUGAUGUGUUCAGACUGAGUGUUGGGUGUCUGUCACCGGGUCAGAACGCUGCCAUCACCAUCAUCUACGUCACCGAGCUCGCUGUUCAGGCUGAUCACGCCCUGCGCUUCUGUCUGCCUGCUGUACUCAACCCCAGAUACACACCAGCAGGUUCAGGUGGAGGAAUAGUUUCAGAGAUUUCAUCAGUAUGUGGAUCUGUUCCCUACACUCUGACUCUCAGUGUUCAUGUGAGCUCUCCAAACCCCAUCUCCAAACUCGAGUCCAACUGCACUCUGGAUACUCUAGUGUUCCUCAACUCUGAUCACACUCACGCAAUGGUGAAUCUGAGUCCUGGUCACAUGUUUGAUAAGGACGUUGAGCUGUUUCUGUACUAUCAGAAUACCCAUCAGCCCACUGCUAUAGUGGAGGCAGGAGUGGCCACUGACCAGCCAGGUUCUCUGAUGGGGGAUCCAGUAGUCAUGGUCAGUUUGUACCCAGAGUUCCCUGAGGAAGUGAUGUCAUCAUUGGCAUCACAAGGAGAGCUUGUUUUCGUGGUUGACAGAUCAGGCAGUAUGGACUGUAUGUUAAAUCGUGGGAAAAGAGCACAGAGGCGCAUAGAUAGCGCAAAGGACACUUUACUCUUACUGUUGAAGAGUCUGCCAUUGGGAUGCUUCUUCAAUAUCUAUGGAUUCGGCUCUCAUUUUGAGUCCUUUUUCCCUAAGAGUGUUGUGUACAAUCAGGACACGAUGGAUGAGGCUCUGAAGAGAGUGAAGAAAAUGCAAGCAGACAUGGGCGGCACUGAGAUUUUACAGCCGCUAAAACACAUCUACAGUCAGCCCUGUUACCCCGAUCACCCCAGACAGCUGUUCAUAUUCACUGAUGGAGAGGUUGGAAACACUAAAGAGGUGCUGGACCUGGUGAAAAGACAUGUUCACUCUCACAGGUGUUUCUCAUUCGGUAUUGGUGAGGGUGCAAGUGCCGCCCUCAUCACAGGAAUGGCCAGAGAAGGAUCUGGUCAUGCCCAGUUCAUCACAGGCUCUGACCGUAUGCAGCCCAAAGUGAUGCAGUCCCUACAAUUUGCGCUGAAGCCUAGAGUGGUUAAUAUCUCUGUGAAAUGGACUGUGCCAGACAGCAUUACUGUUGACACCCUGUCCCCACCCAUCAAUGUGCUCUUCCAGGGUCAAAGGGCACUAAUUUAUGCCCAUCUUAAUGGAGAGAAUUCAGGAAGCUCUGAGGGAACUGUGACAGUGACAUACAGCCUGAAAGGUCAACCAGUGACAAACCAGCUCCACUUCUGCCUUAAACCAACUGAAGACACUGGACUGGCCAUCCACCGUCUGGCGGCUCGGUCCCUCAUUCACUCGCUGGAGCAGCAGGAGAGGGCAGGUGGUGCAGGAAUGGAGGAUAUCAAGAGCAGGAUGGUGGAGCUCAGUGUUCAGGCAGGAGUGAGCUGUGUUCAUACAGCCUUCAUUGCCAUUAACAAAGAAAGCAGACAGACUGUGAAAGGACCCCUGCUGCAGAGGAGAGUGCCAACAGGAGGUUAUUACUCAGAUUGUAUGACAUCGCCAGUCGACUUCGAGCAUUGUGGGUAAGUAUCUGUGCAAUUGUGCGGUCAGCUCAAGGUGCUUUUUUAUGUCACAUUUGACACUGUUAGCAAGGUUGCUCUCAUUUGCUGAAAAAAUAUCAUGCAACAAUGUAAAAAUAGGUCUCUAGCGUGCGAGCAAAUGUGAGUGAAAAUUACUGCGUGUGAAUGUGGAAAAUUAUUUGGCUGCACCGGAUGUCUGACACCUAUCAUCAAAGCUUAUUAACUUCUACCAUCAUAAUCAAAACUACCCAUGCAUCUAACCUUAAAUACAAAUUACGUUUUAAACUGCGAAUAAAAAACAGACAAACUAAAAUAAACAAACCUGGUAAAACAGUAAAGUAUCAAUUUUACUUGCAAUCACUAAGCUACGUCACCUUGCAGUGUGCUGGGCUGGCGAAAAAAGAUACUUGUGUGAUGCACGACGCAUGAGUAGAUGCAUUUUUUCAACCGCAAAAGAUACGGUUAUUUCAUUGCAUAUUAAUCUGACAUUUGUGACACAACCAUUUUGGUGUUUCUACACUAGAGGACACAAAAUUAUUUUUGCCAGUGAGAAAUACAUGAACUGGGUUUGAAUGUUAUUUUAGACUGAUGAAAUUAAAAGUACGGUAAAUCUCAGAAUUGUAUUCGCGUACCCCCAUUGUCACCUCACGUACCCCCUUACAAAAUUGUUCUUAAUUGUUAUAUAAUUAUUUAUUAUAUUUAUAUUUAUUAUAUUUAUAUAUUUUCUUUUUGUUUCUUCCAUGU